AUGGCCAAAAUAAACAACAAACCCAACAAAAAUCGUACUUGCUGCAUUAUAAUUGUUUGCGGGCUUUUAAAUGCAUCAACUUUAAGAACAUCUUCAGAAAUUAGCAAAAUAAUGAGAUGUUUGAAUAAUCUUAAACGUCGUGUUCAGCAAUUAGAAAAUAAGAGAAGAAUUAAUACUAAGAAACUAAAUCCGAUUAAUCCAAUUCGAAGCGGUGCUAAUCGUGUUAUCAUAGUCAUUUGUCUUGAUCUUAUGACUUACCUAAGACUGUUAGAAUGUCGCGUCCGAAAAUUAGAAAAUCCAUAG